AUGCACGAGAUCGCACCUCGACUGUUUGUCGGCAGUCAGGCAGCGGGGUAUUCGAUCGACUUACUAAAAGAACAUGGCAUUACACAUAUUUUAUCCCUUGGCGAUUUCGAUUCUACACAUGACCAUAUUAUUUACAAGAACAUUCGAAUACUCGAUCUCGCAGAAGAAAAUUUGCUUCAGUAUCUUGACGACACGUACGACUUUAUACACAGUGCUUAUGAAAACAAUGGUAAAAUCCUUGUACACUGUGAAGCAGGCAUGUCACGAAGUGUGGCGGUGAUGAUGGCAUAUCUUAUGCGCACACAAAAUUUGGCGCCAAAAGCUGCACUGGAUAUCAUUAAAGACGAGCGAAACUUUGUUCAACCCAAUGAAGGAUUUAUGGAUCAAUUGGAGCUAUACCAGAUACUUCAAUACAAAGUCGACACAAAUCAUGCCGCGUACAGAAGAUUUUUGGUGGCAAGCAUGGCUAGAGAACAGCAAGAUACCGGGUAUAUCGCCAAUCUUUCAUUGACGCCAAACCCAGUACCAGACAGCCAGUCUCAGCUCAUUGUUCGAUGUAAAAAAUGCAGAUACGUUUUGGUGAACAAAGAACAUAUUUUGGAUCAUCAGCCGGGAAAAGGACAACAGGCCUUUGCAUAUACCAAGAGAAAUGCCGAUCUUAAUAUCACAUCCGCCGCUGUAACCCCAACCGCUCAUCAUCAGCAGCAGCAAAUGCUUAAUCCACUGCUCGCUUCAUUAGGCGCAGCCAACAAUAACUGCUCGUCGUAUUUCAUCGAACCCAUGGAAUGGACUGCUGUCUUGCAGGACGGACAUAUUGAAGGUCGGAUCGAUUGUCCAAAAUGUAUGGCUAAACUGGGCCAGUACAACUGGUCUGGUGCACAAUGCUCCUGUGGUCGAUGGAUCACGCCUGCAUUCAUGUUGCAUCGUAAACAAGUGGACGAGAUCAAACGUCGGCGCUAG